UCAGUAUCCCACAAGAAAAAUGUCUGCUUUGCAAGUAUCCGAGAUUUAGUUAUUUAGUUAAAAUAUUUGCCGUAGUAAGUGUAAAUUUACAUCACUAGAGAUAUAAGCCUAAACGAAAAUGGAAUACACAAUUUGUACAGAUAAUAAAGAAGUUGGUGAUCAAAUAUCGACUUUUUGAUGUGAAUCUCACAGACUUUAGUGGAAUAAAUGUGGUUUGUGUCAUUAAAAGUUGAGUGAUAGUGACAGCAUCCAGGAUGUCUGAUGAGGAGGACUCUUCGCCGGAUAGGGCUUUAGUGCCCACCAACAAUGUACCAGUGUUGGGCAUCAAACGCCUCAAGCAGAUUGAGACGAUGUUCGUCUCGCGGCGGUUACAAGGACCUCGCAGUAAUGGCUUCAGUGCAGAGACCCUGUUGGAUAUGCUGCUUGUACUCUACGAUGAAUGCUGUAACAGCAGUCUGCGGAGGGAGAAAGCUGUUGCUGACUUCAUACAGUAUGUAAAACCUGUGGCUACGGCUCUCAAGCGAUUAAGGUUGUCAAGAGACGACUUUGAAUUAGUCAAAGUGAUUGGCAGAGGCGCUUUUGGAGAAGUUUGCGUUGUGCGGGCCUCAUUUAUGCAGGGCACCGACGGCGGGGGCAACAUGGCGGCGGCUACAGGCGGCACCGUGUCCUCCACGACCGGCGAGAGAGUAUACGCAAUGAAGAUAUUAAAUAAGUGGGAAAUGUUGAAACGAGCUGAAACUGCGUGCUUCCAAGAAGAGAGAGAUGUUCUAGUCUUCGGAGAUAGAAGAUGGAUAACGAAUUUACAUUACGCCUUCCAAGAUGAACACAAUUUGUACCUGGUGAUGGACUACUACUGCGGCGGGGACCUGCUGACGCUGCUGUCCAAGUUCGAGGACAGGCUGCCGGAGGACAUGGCGCGCUUCUACAUCGCGGAGAUGGUCCUCGCGGUGCAGAGUGUCCACGAACUUAGAUAUGUACACAGAGACAUAAAGCCAGACAAUGUUCUACUAGACGCAAGCGGACACAUCAGACUGGCUGACUUCGGCUCCUGUCUCAGGCUGGGGGAUGAUGGAAAGGUACAAAGUAAUGUGGCAGUGGGAACGCCGGAUUACAUAUCGCCAGAGAUAUUAAGAGCAAUGGAAGAUGGCCAAGGGCGUUAUGGACCGGAAUGUGAUUGGUGGUCGUUAGGUGUGUGUAUGUACGAGAUGUUGUUCGGUGAGACGCCGUUUUACGCGGAGUCGUUAGUGGAGACCUACGGCAAGAUAAUGAACCACGAAAAUGAACAUAAUUAUCUAAGUAUGUGUUUGGAAAAUUUACAGGUGUCCGAAGAAGCUAAAGAUUUAAUCCGACGUUUGAUUUGUUCGUCAGAAAAUAGGCUGGGAAAGAACGGGUUGCAAGAUUUUAAGAGCCACCCCUGGUUUUCUGGUCUGGAGUGGGACAGUUUGCGAGAGAUGCAGGCUCCCUUCGUGCCCGACGUGUCCAGUCCCACCGACACCUCCAACUUCGAUGUCGAUGAUACUGAUAUAAGGUUAUCGGAGGCGGUGCCCCCUCCCCCGCCCUCCCAGGCGCCGUCUAACGCGGGUGAUCGCGCUGCGAUAAAGGCGUUAGAAAGAGAGAACGCAUUGUUAGCUCAGACUAUAGCAGAGCUGAGAGCGGGCGGGACAGGCCUGGAUGCAGCCAGUGAAGAAUUGCUCCAACUGAAAGAAGAAAUAGCGACAUUAUCCAAGAGGAAUAGCGAUUUAGAAGCACAACUGAGAUGUCAAGAACUCACCGCUGGUGUUACUGUUACGGAUUCAAGUUCCCCACAAGAUGUACCGACGCGUACGAGAGAAUUGGAAUUAUUAGUUGCUUCAUUAAAUUCGGAGAAAGAAGAAUUACUGAAGGAUAAGACUGAUGCUUUAGAAAAAUUGAGAUUGCAGGACAAGGAGUUGAAGGACGCGCUGUCGCAAUGCAAAUUAGCGAUGGCGGAGUACAAUGAGGUGUCUGAACGUCUAGCUGAACUUCGCCAACAGAAGCAGAAGCUGUCGCGACAGGUGCGGGACAAAGAGGAAGAGCUGGAGGUGGCCAUGCAGAAGAUAGACCUUCUGCGUCAGGAUAUCAGGCGCAGUGACAAGGGACGCAGGGAGCUAGAAGCCAGGCUUGACGCCGCGAUAGCAGAAGCCGCAAAGGAGCGCAAGUUGCGUGAGGAGACGCUGAGGUCGCAGCGGGAAGGCAUGGCGGCUGCCACCGGGCCCGCGGCCGACGUGGCCCGACUGCAAGCUGAUGUUGAAGCUUUAGAGUUGCAGUACAAGGAGUCCCUGGCGCAGCAACAAGCGCGGUACAGCGCGGAGCUAGCGGCGCUGCGCGACCAGCUGCAGGAGGGAGACGCCGUCAGGAACGUGCUCAAUAGAGAGUUACAAACAUCUAAAGAGAAGCUGGAGAGCCGGCGGCUGGAGCAGCUCUCCGACAGCGAGGACAAGCAGAUGCUCAUCAACGACAACAGGAAGCUGGCCAAAGACCUGGAUGCUAUGGCAGAGAACGGCAGAAGAUGGCAGACGGAGAGGAGACAAAUGGAGAUGGAAUUGGAGGAGUUACGAGCGAAGAGAGACACGAUGCAGCAUUGGGAGACGCAGAUAGCGGAUAUAAUCCGCUGGGUAGCGGACGAGAAGGAGGCUCGCGGCUAUCUGCAGGCGCUCGCCACUAAGAUGACUGAGGAACUGGAUUAUUUAAAACAUGGUGAGACGCUGCAGUCGUCGCUGCACUCCGAGAUACAGGCCAAGCAGGCGGUGGGCGAGGAGCUCAGCAGGACCAGGGCGGAGCUGCUCGCCAGCCAGAGGGAGCUGAUGGAAACACGGCAGCGCCUGGAGACCCUGGCGCACGACAUGAAGCGCAAAGAACAGCACAUCCGCGACAUUCAGGCCAAGCUGGACACGCCCGCGCAGCCCGGCAACUCAUUUUUGGAUCGGCCACCGUCUCAAAUGAGUUAUUUGGAUCAGUUCCUAAAAGACGCACCUACGGAGAGGCAUUACGAUAAUGUAGCCUCUAUGAACAACGAACAGAAGAUGUCGCCGCAAUACCGAUACAGAAAUGCUCAGCAUUGUUGCAAUGUAAAGUUGAUGUACGGAUCACAACAGUCGACGGCUCUGAGCGGCUCAGCGGAGUCUCCAGAUGAUCCGUCGCUAGGUCCUGGCGGCAAGCAGAAGAUCCAUCAGUUCCUCGUGCGAACAUUCAGCAGCCCCACCAAAUGUAACCACUGCACAUCGCUCAUGAUCGGUCUGACGCGGCAAGGCGUGGUGUGCGAGACGUGCGGGCUGGCGGUGCACACGCGCUGCUGCGGGCGCGUGGCCGCGCGCUGCCCGCUGCCGCCCGAGCGCAGCCGCCGCCCGCUCGGCAUCGACCCCGCGCGUGGACAGGGCACCGCCUGCUAGGGAUACGUCAAGGUACCAAAGCCGGGCGGAGUAAAGAAAGGUUGGAUGCGGCAGUUUGUUGUUGUUUGCGACUUCAAAUUAUUCCUCUACGAUAUAUCUCAAGAUAGGAACGCGUUGCCGUCAGUUUGUGUCAGUCAAGUACUGGACAUGCGGGACCCGGAGUUCAGCGUGACGUCAGUGAAGGACUCUGACGUCAUACACGCCAGCAAACGAGAUAUACCGUGCAUAUUUAGGAUAUCAACGUCUCAACUGGAAGGCGGCAAGAGAUACCAUACUCUGAUGUUGGCGGAGUCCGAGUCCGAGAAGACCAAGUGGGUGGUCGCGUUGAGUGAAUUGCAUAGGAUAUUGAAAAGGAACAAUCUGCCUGAUAAAUGUGUAACUAUAAACGACACUCACUUGUUGAUAUUCACCUCGUCGCACAUCGAUAUCUACGAGAUUGAGUCCGGCGAGUGGGUACAAACUCUAAAUCUACCGAACUCCCGUCCGUUGGACGAGUGCGGGUACAUAGUGUGUGUUGGCGGCGCAGGAAGUAACGGAUUCCCAUUCUCUUCGGAUUCUGCGCCUUUUAUUGUCUAUUUAAGACCGCUGUUUACUGCGGAGGGUCCAUUAAAUCUGGAGACGACGUCGUGGGGCAGCAACAAGCGAAGGUUCUCAGUGCGGGAACAAUCUCAUCAAGCCAUUGAGGCGCAUAACAGAUUGUCAGAGCGCCGUUCUCGUCUUAUCUCAGCGCCUACGAACUUCGCGCACGUGUCACACAUGGGCCCCGGAGACGGCAUCCGCUCGCAGCGCUUAUUGGACCUGCCCACCACACUAGAGACUGCCGAUGACCACCACCAACAGUUGUACGGCAGUCGGGAUAGCAGCAAACGGACCUCGCCGCUAACAAUAUCGCAUGGCACCGGAUCUUAUAACGGGUCAUGGCGACGUCGUGACACGACUGACGGCGCCGGGGAUACGAUGACGAGGGCUAUGGACAGGUCUAUCGGCGGCGGGUCGCAGGGCAGUGGCUCCCUGUUGGAGCGCUCCAUCACCCCGCUCAGUCUGGGCAGCAUGAGCUCGCUGCACGACGUGCUGAAGGUGGGCACCGACAUGGGCGAGACCCUGCACUCUGAGGACAGCAGUUGCGGCGCUUCGCCCCCGCACCCUAUGGACCCUUGAUGAAAUCAGUUGGACGCCUACUGGGGGAUAGAUAUGUCUCGGUUCUACGCAUGUUUCUGUUGAAACCUCGUAAUGUAUG